AUGGCAAGUUCCCAUACAAAGCCAAUUUUGUAUUCAUAUUAUCGCAGUUCAUGCGCGUAUCGGGUUCGAAUUGCAUUGAAUUUGAAAAAUAUUCCCUAUAUAAUUCAUCCAGUUAAUCUUGCCAAAGGUGAAUCAUCGACGGAUGAACAUAAAAAGCUCAAUCCAAAAUGUGAAGUACCAGUACUUAUUAUUGAUGGAAAAAAACUUCUACAAUCAAUCCCUAUCAUUGAAUAUAUUGAUGAAACACAUAAGUUUAAACCUCGACUUUUGCCAGAAGAUCCUUAUCGACGUUAUCAGGCUCGUUUGAUUGCUGAAAUUAUUGCAUCUGGUAUUCAGCCAUUACAAAAUCUAACCGUUCUUAAACGUGUUGGAGAAGAAAAAAAAGUUGAAUGGGCACAUGAUUUUAUUAAAGUAGGACUCAAUGCGGUAGAAAAAUCUCUUGAAGAAUCAGCAGGAAAAUAUUGUGUAGGUGAUGAACUUUCAAUAGCUGAUUGUUGUCUUGUACCUCAGCUUUAUAAUGCACGACGAUUUAAUGUUGAUUUAACUGCAUAUCCUAUAAUGACAGCCAUUGAAACAAAAUUAAAUUUACUUCCUGCAUUCAAAGAAGCACAUCCAAAUCGUCAACCUGAUUAUCCUGAAGAAUAA